CGGUUCUCUGACAGAUGGUGGGGCCGGUGCUCCGCAUUCUUUUUGGACAUCGGUGCCGUUGGUGCAAGUGUGCGCGAGCGCUCGCUUUUGCGCGCCUUCCUCACCUGCCGCGUGCGGGGAGGGGGGCUGGCUCGCUGGACGUCGGCAAGGUCACGCUCCGGGCUGUUUAGUGUAUCUCCACUGGAGAGGCUAACAAGCAGUCCAGAUGUGAUCCUGUGCAGCAUUGUGUGCUGCUUGGGGUGACAAAAUGAAGACUUUGGAGAAGAAACUUGAGGCAGAAGGAGACGCAUCGAACAACAGCAAAAGAUGGACCACCAUGAAAACUUGGAUCUGAUCAACCUUUCAUCAGUUAUUCUUUGAUCAGUUAUAACCUAGCGAUGGCAGCGCAGGUUGUGCUUCUAUUUCUUUUAUUCUGUAAAGGGGAAAGAAGUGGCAUUUCAGUGGCUGUUGGCCUUUUGGAGGAAGAGCGGGACUUGCAAGCAACAUCAACCAAAAGACAAGUUUCACUUUAUCCUGAGUCGGUCGAAAACUUUUUUGUGAGUUUCAAAGAAUCGGAGAGCCCGCUUCAGAAUGCAAAGGAUGAUGUAAGAACCCUGCCAAAUGUGGCUUUAAGUCUAAAUGACAGAAAAACCAAUGAUCUUGAUUUGAAGGAAGAAAUACUGAGGCAAACAGACACACUUAGUUAUCCUAUAUCAACUGCCAAACCUUUAAUACCUAAACAUAGCCCUGGACUCAGUCUGAACCACGCGAAAAAAAGCAAUUUGACUAAUGGAGAGGUUGAAGGUGUAAUUAAUGAGCAGAGUCUAGAGCUGAGUUCAGAGGAGGAGUACACUCUCCAGCCUGAGCUCCAUUUGGAGACAGGUGUCGCUGACGUUCUGCCUGAGAGGACGUGGGGCCAAUCUAAAUGGGUCACGGAGUCUGAAGACAUCCGGCCUGGGCCGUACCUGCUGGGAACGGAGCCUCGUGCCCGCCGCCGGAGGAGCUGGCUCUGGAAUCAGUUCUUUGUGAUCGAGGAGUACAGGGGACCGGAGCCUGUGCUUAUUGGCCGGCUGCACACAGAUAUGGACAAAGGAGACGGCCGCACUAAGUAUCUGUUGGAGGGAGAGGGAGUGGGCUCUGUGUUUGUUAUCGACAGCAACACAGGAAACAUACAUGUCACCAAGUCUUUAGACCGGGAGGAGAAGGACCAGUACCGUCUCAUCGCAACAGCUACAGACCGUCAGACCGGCCGAGCCCUGGAGCCCUCCUCCGAGUUCAUCAUCAGGGUGCAGGACAUCAAUGACAACCCGCCCAUCUUUCCUGAUGAACCCUAUGUUGCCAUGGUGCCGGAGAUGGCACACAUAGGAACGUCGAUAAUCCAAGUCACAGCCAGAGAUGCUGAUGAUCCGACAUAUGGGAACAGCGCCCGGCUGGUGUAUGCGAUUACACACGGCCAGGACUACUUCUCCGUGGACCCUCAAACAGGCGUCCUGCGGACAGCAGUACCUGACAUGGACCGUGAGACUCGGGAUGAAUAUCUGGUCGUCCUCCAGGCCAAAGACAUGGGAGGUCAUUUGGGUGGAUUAUCAGGCACUACUACCAUCACCGUGCGUCUGACUGAUGUCAACGACAACCCCCCUCACUUCAGAAGGAGUGCGUGGUCAUUCUCUAUAUCUGAGCUCGCAGCACCGGGUGUGGAGGUGGGCCGCCUCACCGCCACCGAUCCCGAUCUGGGAGAAAACGCACUGCUGGAGUUUACGAUCCUGGACAGUGAGGAGGCUGAGAUAUUCAAUCUAACAGGAAGAAACCACGAGGCUGUUAUUGUUCUGAACAAGCUGCUGGAUUAUGAGACCUGCAAUUCUUACACGUUCUCUGUGGAAGUCGCCAACCCUUUCGUGGACACCCGCUACAUCAGGAAAGGCCCCUUUAAGGACCAGACGACAGUCCGGGUCAUGGUCCUCAAUGCUGAUGAGCCGCCACAAUUCUCACAGGCUCGGUACCAUCUGGACGUGUCCGAGAACUGCCCCCCUGUCUGCUCUGUUGGCCGGGUCCACGCCAUAGACCCAGACACAGGACAGAGCACCAACAUCAGGUACUCCAUCGAUCCCCAGUCAGACCCCGAGGCGCUGUUCCGCAUUGCCUCUGACACGGGCUUUAUCAGCACGGUGAUGGAGUUGGACCGUGAGGAGGAGCAGUGGCAUAAUAUCACAGUCAUCUCCACACAGAGGGACAAUCCAAAUCUCGUGUCAAGGGUUGUGGUUGCCAUAGAGACACUAGACCAGAAUGACAAUGCACCGGAGUUGGACAGGCAGUACACAACGUCUGUAUGUGACUCCAGUGCCCCCGGUCAGGUAGUUCAGGUCCUGCGGGCCAUCGACAAGGAUCAAGGAGGACAAGACACCCCGGUCCACUUCAGCAUCCCUCCAGAGUCCAGCUCUGCGCUCAACCUCUCCGUCAGGGAAACUGGAGGUGUGACAGCCAGCCUGGUGCUCCAGUCAGCCUUGGAGCCCCUCCCUGGCUUCUCCUCAUCCUUACUCACCCUGUAUGUGCCAGUUGUGCUGCGCGACGGAGCCUCCGGUCUAACCAACACUGGCACGGUCACCGUGACCAUUUGUCCCUGUCUGCGAGGGGCCAUGCAGACUGAGGACAGAGGGAAACAAAGGGACAGGAGAUGGGAGAGACACAUGGUUUGUCUCCCUGUGCCAUCUGCCUCUACGUCACUCAUUUUCAGUCUGGUCACUUUACUGGCCAUGCUGGCGUGUGUCACCACUCUGCUGGUGGUGUGUGCACUCUCGCUGUCAUUGCGCCAUCAGAAGCGAGACUCCCACUCACCCUUCGAGGAGGAUGAUGUCAGGGAGAACAUCAUAUCCUAUGAUGACGAGGGGGGAGGGGAAGCAGACACCGCUGCUUUUGACAUUACAGCGCUGCAGAGCAUGCACAGAAUACAGCACAUGCACAACAACAGAAACAUAUGGUACACGCAGCCGAAUCCGCCAAGGGCCAGGACGUACAGCUGGAGUCGUAACCCGCGCCCCGGCCUGGACCCUCAGCAGCGACCGGGAUCCGCUCCGCUGUACGGACGCCUCUGCUAUGGCAUCCACACGCUGCCUGUUCUCAGAGAUUAUCCAGCUGGGCCACUGGAGGCAGGUCUGCAGCUAACGCAGCUGACCCAUGGGCUCACCGGAGGUCAUAUCGGCAAUUCCCUUGUCAUCCAGAACCAGAGCACCUUUGAGCCCAUGCUACACUCUCCUGAGAUGAGUUCUGGCUGUUACGAAGCGGAACACAUGCUGGCGAAGAGCAAAAUCACGGAGAGAAAUGAAGGCAGUGAAGCAAACGCUGCCGAGAAAGAAGCGAAUCAGGAUCAGGCCAAGAUGAACCCAACGGAAACAGAGUCGACACCAGCCAGCAACACUGCUAAUCUGACCAACUGUGACCCAACUGAGUCUUCAUGCCAAAGUCACUCCAGCUCCUCGUCAAACCAGCAGGAAGGGCGACCGGGGUCAUCGCAGACUCAGAUCAGCACUGGAGCCACCAGCUGCACACUAGACGACAUUGAUACUGACUCCUCCAUUCGCUCCGUUUCAGAGCAGAAUUAUUCGAACGGCGCACAGAUCAGCUCUGUGAACCCUCCUGUUUACCUGACGGGAGACACGUACAGCAUUGUGGGCUCGCUGAACAGCAGAGGGACGUGUAUGAACGGGACUAGCGGCAGCGGGUUGUACCCAACGGGAGUGCAGCUACUGAACAUGUGCAGACUCCAGGGAAAGGAUUUGACCCCACAGCCUUUGUCCUUACCUGGGGGGUUGUUUGGUAACAACAGUGGCUGGCUGAGCGGGGCGGAGCCUGCGAGCGCAGAAGCCGCCAACCCGCAGCCGCUUCGCAUGGAAGACCUCCUGAAUAUCCGUCUGGAUCAGGUCACCUUUGACCUGUCUCAGCCGCCCUAUGACUCACUGCAGACUUAUGAGUUCGAGGGCCGUGAUUCAAGGGCUGAGUCACUGAGUUCGCUGGAGAGCGACGGAGAGAAGGACGACGGGCGAGUGGUGGGAGGGAUGGAGGAGCUAAACCAGAAGUUUCAGCGGCUGGUGGAGAUCAUCAGAGAGAGGGAGAAGGAGAUGGAAGGAGGAGGAGGAGGAGGAGGAGGAGGAGAGACACAAGUGACCGAGGGAGGGGAGACUGCAGAGGCCACUCUCGAUAAGACUCGUAAACAAGAGGGCAGAGAAAAAGAACUGCAGAAAUGGGAUUUCUAGAUUGCGAUGAAAGAACAGUUAGAGAGAAGAGGACUUUCUCGACAGUGAUGUGUUUUAAACACAGCAGGGGUGGAAAAAAAAACACAGCCUCUGACAGAAAUCUCCUUGUUUCCCCCCCUGCCAGGAGGAAUCCAGGCAGCUGUGACAGUACAGCUGAGAUUUUGUGGUGGAAUCAGUGCACAGCGUAUAGUUUUCACCUCCACUAUGUUCAUAAGAUGCAUAUGGAAUCUGUCACUUUUCACACUUCUCUUGUAUCUCAUAUUAAUAAUGCACUUGGGCUUUCAAAGUGAAAGUUAUGAAAAAUUAACUUUUAUUGAAAUAUUGAUUCUGAGCCCUGAAAGCUGCAUUGUUAGAAAAUAGGCCUCAUCAAAUAUUGACCAGAGUUGUGAUAUUUAAUAUUGAUAGUUUAAUAGGGGCACGCUCACUGGAAGUACUCGGAAUCUGAAUGAGGGAUUUGCAUUUGAAUUGGGGAGUUUUUCAGACCACACAAGCGUACAGUAAUGUAGGCCUUCACUGCCACGAGCUCACUGAGCCUCUCCGACGAGUCUUAAGUAUUUGUAUUCUGUAGCUCUGUAGAGAGAGUCAAACUCCAGCGAGUAGUCAGUAGAAAAAAAAAAACCUGCUCACUAUGCAAUUUGCACACAGUUAGAAAUGAUUAGAUUGUCACUGUCAAAGAUGUUGUGAAAGUACAGUAAAUGAUGUCCAUACGUAGAUAAACAUCAACUCAUGCUUUAUUGCUCCAGAGUGGACGGUCUUUUGGGAGUGGAUGGAGGCUAUUCAAUGGAAUCCACACAGGAAAUUAAGCAUCUGAUGUUCAGUUAUUAAACUGUUGCAGCCUUACAAUA